GUCAUAAAGCGAUAUUCUGAUUAGUAUACUGUGUUGUUAUUCUGUAAAGUGUAGUGAGAGUUUUUAAUCAGGUUUAUUUUUCUAUUUGUAAAGUAAAUCGUCCGUUGUGUAACUAGUUCGUACUUCCUUAGCAGUGACUAAGAAGUGCUCGUGCCAAAGAAAAAAUGUGUAACAAACCAGCUGUUAAAGAGAAACGCAGGAAUAAUGAAAAAAGAAAAGAAAAAUCGCGAGAUGCGGCCAGGUGCAGAAGAUCAAGAGAAACUCAAGUAUUCACGGAUAUGUCGGAAGCGUUACCGUUAACGCAACAACAAGUGAGCCAGCUGGAUAAAGCUUCCGUUAUGAGACUUGCUAUUGCUUUCUUGCGUGUAAAGCAAAUGAUAAAUAUAGUUCCUGAAGUUGCGGUUGAAAAAGAAGAAGUAAAUCUUGAUGAAAGCGUCUUCUUAAAAUCAUUGGAAGGAUUCCUUUUAGUUCUAUCACCAGAAGGAGAUUUUGUUUAUUUGUCAGAAAACGUCAGCGAAUAUUUAGGUAUUUCACAAAUUGAUUUAAUGGGUCAAACAGUUUAUGAAUACUCUCAUCCUUGUGAUCACGAUGAAAUUAGAGAAAUUCUUUCAACAAAAUCCCAUGGAAGUAAACAAGAUAAGAAAUCGUUUUUUAUUAGGCUUAAGUGUACAUUGACGAGUAAAGGAAGAUCUGUGAAUUUAAAAAGUGCUACCUACAAGGUUAUUCAUGUGACUGGUCACAUGGUACAAAAAUCUUUUAAAAAAGACAUUAAAGAUAGUAAUAAAGAUGAUGCUAAAGGAACCAUGCAACAAUGUCUAAUAGCUAUAGGACAACCAAUUCCUCAUCCUUCUAAUAUUGAAGCUCCUUUACCACAUCAAACGUUUUUAACUAAACAUAGUCUCGAUAUGAAAAUUACUUAUGCUGAUGAAAAAAUAGCUGAGUUUCUUGGAUAUAAAUCAGAAGAUCUAAUGGGAAAAUCAGUUUAUGAAUAUCAUCACGCGAUGGAUUCUGAAGCAAUCAGCUCUGCAUUUAAGUGUCUGUUUUCUAAAGGCCAGUGUGAAACGAGCAGGUAUCGGUUUUUAGCGAAAACCGGUGGAUACGUAUGGGUUUUGUCUCAAGCAACGCUCAUCUACGAUAAAAUGCAGAAACCGCAGAGUGUCGUUUGUGUGAAUUACGUCAUAAGUGAGAUCGAAUGUAAAGAUGAAAUUUAUUCUUCGUGUCAACUCCAAUCUAGUAUUAAAUUGGAAGCGGUGAAGAAACAACAACAAACGAAAGUUGAGGAUAAUAAUAAUAAUAGUGAGAAAUCGGUCGUUGUUGAAGGAAUUGCAAAGAAAGUUAAAGCGCCGAAUAAACCGUUGACGGUUACAGAAAAAAUUUUGGGGGGACCCUCAGAAAUUGGGCAAACUUUAAGACAAACGGCCACAUCAAAAUUAUUCGUGCCAAGAACCGAAGAAAUGAGUAAAGGGUUUAUUACGUUUUCGGAAGAGGAACCUGAUAUUACCAUGUUGAAAGACGAACCGGAUGCCGAUUUAACACAUUUGGCUCCAGUUGCGGGAGAUGUUUGUGUCCCUCUGGAUCACCAUAGUCACCCUUUUCUCGUAGACAUCGAAGAUUUUCUUUUAACAGGAGAGUUUCUAAGAGACGAUAAUGUAGCCUUAAGGGCCCCCACAGAUCCUUUUCUUACUUAUCGCGAUUUAUGUGAUCCCUCUCCACAGUUAUUAUCACCAAAUAUUUCUAAGAGUUCAGACUGUAGCUUAUUAAACAGCCCUACAGAUUCUUUACAAGACGAAGAUCAAAUGUCUACAUUUAUGUCUCUUCAAAUGGAUGACGAUCCAGACUUAGUAAUGAAAGCGCCGUAUAUUCCGAUGACUAUAUGCGAUGAUUUUCCUUUAUUAUCAUCUGAUGAAGUAAUGUGGAGCGAUAGCGAUCGGAGUAGUAAGAGUUCAACACCCGAUAGCCAAUUGGCACAGCUUUUAUUACCUGUAAAUACAAAUAACAGAUUUACAAACAGUAACGCAAACGAUCAUGGAGGUGGGUCAAUUAAAAAUGAAAAGACGGUUGUAAAUUCUUACGAAAAAAAUUCUUCACAUCAUUGGAAAAGUACAAAAGAAAAAGAUCAAAGUGUACCAAAAACCACAAACUUAACAACAAAUCAUAAACGUACAAGUUCGACAAGUUAUGAUAACACGUCGAAUAAACGAACGAAAGCCGAACCGAAAAAUAACAAUAAUAAUAAUGAUAAAAUCCCAUCGGAAUUAUUUCAACAGUUAAUUUCGUCGAAUAGAGGACGUCCAAAAUCGAAAAAUAAUUGGAGUGUUUUGGAUUCGGGGGGGCCGUUACAACACCAAAAAGCGACGUGUAUAAGUCAACCAAGCGAUAGUGUUUUAAUGAAUUUAUUGGAUGACGAAAAAGGUGCAAUAAACCCAAAACUACUAGAAGAACGUCUAAGAGAGCUUUCGUUUGCACGAAUCAUCCAAAAUCGUAAAGAUAAACGAGAAGCUGAAGAACGUGCUAAUAAAAUCCGAAAGAACUCAUUCAGUCUUUUAGAUUUAAAUAAUGGCAUCCCUUCGUUACUCGAUCUAACCGAACAAGAUUACGAAGUAAACGCGCCUGUAAACAGUAACUUAUUGCAAGGCGAAGACCUCUUGAUUGCUUUAGAAGUGCCUGAGCCGAUUUAGCCAGCGAUAAAAAAUUAAUAGAGGGAGAGUGAGCAGUGGUGUCGAUGAACGAGAGUUUGGAAUAAUUUUUUCUUCGUUUUUAAAUGAAAAAGAAAAUGAACAGGAAAAGGGAAAGAUUAAGAACUUUUCAAAAAAAAGUUUGAUGAUGGUGAUAAUUAUGAUUGAUAAUAAUGAUGAUGGUAAUGAUGAUGAUGAUAACGAUGGUGAUGAUUACGAUAAAAAGACGGGUUUUUUUUGGGUGGUUUUUAUUUUGGCAUGGAAAAAUACAAAUUAAAAUGUGUAUUUUGAGUCUCAUUUGCUAUUUAAUUAAUUUUUUUUUGUUAAUUUCAAGCUCUCUUUGUUCAUUGCAUUUUUUUUUGUUUAGUGUUUUUUCUU